CAUGCCUCAGCCCACAGCAAACGGACAUGACUGGUGAAGCAAUGCUAUAGAGGGCUCAAGAGAUCUAAGAAAUGGUUGCAUCCUCGAAGCAACAGACUCCAAUUCUUCAAGCAUGACCUUACGGGUCGUGCCCAGCAUCUUGGGCAAGAGGGGGCUCCAGGAACUUUACAGCACCCCUCGACGACUACCUAUCUUCGCCGCCACUCAGCGUUUCCCCUUCAACUUGGGCAUUAGGCAGUAUGCUAGUGUCGAGGAAGAACGUGGCCGUGGUAGUGCACCGCCUCCAGGAUUUGAUGCCGCCCAAGCGAAGCAGAGCCCCAGUGCGUCUCCGAGCGAGCAGUCGACCACCAGCAAGCCUGCCUCCUCCGAGCAGAUUGCUUCAUCUCGCGGCUUCUCUAAACCUCCCUCUUCUACGUCGACCCCAACCGACUGGGAAGAAAAUCCUGAUCUUAGCAUCUCAAAGUUCUCCGAGCUACCCGGCAAGGAUUUCGGGGUCAAUCAACACAUCAUCAUCAAUGAAGAGUUCAAGGAGGCAUUGAGACAAAUCCUGUGGAAGUUUCGGGCGCCCAUCCGCUACGCCUUUGCCUAUGGCUCAGGCGUCUUUCCGCAAAGCGCGGGAAAAAGCGGAGGUUCCAAAAACUUGCAUCCAAACCCGCCAGAGGCUGUAGCCAAAGUUCAGGAUGGGAACCAAAAAAUGAUUGAUUUUAUCUUCGGAGUGUCCUAUAGCCAGCACUGGCAUUCUCUGAAUCUACACGAGCACCGAGAUCACUAUAGCUGGUUGGGGUCAUUGGGAUCCUACGCGGUCUCCAAAGUUCAAGAUUCGUUCGGGGCCGGAGUCUACUUUAACCCUUACGUCACUGUCAAUGGAACUCUGAUCAAAUAUGGAGUGGUCAACUUGGAUACUCUCUGCAGAGAUCUAUCGGAAUGGGACACUCUAUAUCUCGCCGGUCGCCUACAGAAGCCUGUGAAGAUAUUGCGGGACAACCCGGCAGUCCGCCUUGCAAAUCAAGUCAACCUAAUCGCCGCAGUUCGCACGGCUUUACUUCUCCUUCCACCCGAGUUCACCGAGAAGGAACUGUACUCAACCAUCGCGGGAAUUUCGUACAUGGGCGAUCCACGAAUGAGCAUCGGCGGAGAUGACCCUCGAAAGGUCGAGAACAUUGUCAAACACCAGCUACCCAAUUUCCGGCGGCUGUACGCGCCACUGAUUGACAAUCUCCCCAAUAUAUCCUUCAAUGAUCCGGCCUGCUCUAACAGAGACUGGCUCGAUGACCCAACCGUGAAUUCCAGACUGGCUCAAAACAUGGACCCUGUCACCCGGGGGCACAUGGUCCGCCGCCUUCCCAACGCCUUCCGAAAGAAGCUCUACUUUGAAUAUCAAUCCAAAUUCAAAAUCCCACGAGGCGAGUUCAACAAGAUGCUCGAGAAGACCAAAGAUGAAGACCCCGAUCGCAUUCGCAGGCGAGAAGGUGGGCCUUUUGAGCAACGCAUCGCCCAGGAUACCGAAGGCGGCGGGUUGAGGGAAGAAGUCAAACAGGUCAUUGAGCACACGAUUCGGUGGCCCAGUUUUGUGCAAAGCGUCAAAGGAGCAGUGACGGCAGGGUGGUCGAGGAGCGUCCGGUAUGCGACGGAAAAGAGAGCAAAGGGAAAGAAGGGUGCACAAGCUCUUGAGGAAGCAGAGCAGGAUAAGGAAAAGAAAAUUGAUUAGCGAAAUCAGCAUCAAGCUGGAGCAUUUUCUUGUGUGUGUUUAUAUAUGUUGGAGAUCAUCAGACGCGAGAGCAGCUACUUUCCUGCGCCGUCUAGAAUUACUAUAAGUACAGGAGCAUUUGGCCAUGUCCAACGCCAACGAGAGAUGUUUGUUACCUCCA